AUGGCAUUUGAUGCUAACAGUUUAUACGCUUCUGCCAUGUCGGAUUUAGACAGUGAAUAUCCGACAGCGGAAAGUGGAAGACCGUUUCUACCAGAAGAAGAAAAUAAACAAAAAUUCAGACCUAGAACAGCUAUUUUAACAGUGUGGUUUGACUAUCCCAAAAACAUGUUCUUCCAACCGAUACCAGCUACAGAUAAAAUCACUUUCCCGAAUAAAGAAGAAAUAGUGAAAGCCGGUGGACGAAUUAUUAGAAUAUUAGAUGGUAUAGUUUACGAAGAAAAUUUUAAAACUCCACCCUAUAGAGAUUAUAUUUUAAUUUUGAGAGAUUUAAGAAAUAAAUAUAAACGAGAAGGUAAUAUCGUGGGUAGUAAUUGCAUGAAAUUAUUAGGUAAUUCCUUGUAUGGUAAAUCAAUUCAGAAAGACAUAUUCACAACUAGACAUUUAUGGAAUGAAGCAACUUUACAGGCCAACUUUGAUUCACGCGUUAAAACCUAUGAGAAAAUUAAUGAUGCUCAAUAUAUUGUUGAAACAGAAAUUGAAGAAAAAGAGAUUACUACCGAAGAUAGUAAAUCUACACAACUAACACCUAGUCAUUUGGGAUCAUUCGUUUUAUCUCACAGUAAAAAAAUAAUGAACAAUUUCAUUCACGUCAUAGAUGGAUUUUAUAAACCCGAAAUAUACUAUACCGACACCGAUAGUUUGUACAUUUCAUCCAAAAAUUGGAAAAAACUAAACAGAGCUGGUUUGGUCUCCGAAAAAGACUAUUGCAAAGGUAAAAACGAUUACGGUGACGGUGGAAUUAUAUUUGGUUUAUAUUUAGCACCAAAAGUCAAAUACAACAUCGUUUUGACUUCUGAUGGUGUUUUAAAAGAAAAGAAAACGUUUAAAGGUUAUUCUAAUGAUAAGUUAAGUGUAGAAGAUUACGUUCAGUUAGCAAGCGGACAUGAUGUGUCGAACGAAUUUAAUAAACCAUAG